AUGUUGAAACGCUCAUUCCCUCUGUUGAAUAUUACCAAUCAGAAGGUGUAUGAACUCCGUGUUUAUGAUAUUUUACCAGACAAAUAUGAUACUUUUCACCGUAUUUCAAUGGAUCUCUUGCCCAUGCGUGCCUCUGUGAGCCGAUGCCAGGGGUACUGGGUAGUGCAGAUUGGUGCCCUUAACCAAAUGGUACAUUUAUGGGAAUAUGAUUCACUCAAACAUCGAUAUGAUAUACGUAAUGGAUUGGAAAAGAAUGAAGACUGGAAGCGUCGAUACUCAUACCCGCGUCAGGAGUGUUUGUCAUCACAGACAAAUAUGUUAAUGCGUAUGAUAUACCGAGAGGGCACGGCUAGCACAUUAAGUUAUAAAUACUUGCUAAAAGUUACACCACAGAAGGAACUAAUUCUUACCUCGCCUGGUGUAACACUGGCGGCUUCGUAUAUUGUCACAACCGGUGAGCAUGAGGGGAAAUAUUUGCAUCUCGUUAAGGGAAAGAUGUUGGAUGAUCUCAUGCAGGUGGAGCCCACGCAGGGAAGUAUCUCAAAGAUCAUGGGGCCCGCACGUUGGUCUGCCUCCAUUGGAUGCCUCUGGCGAUGA